AUGGAGGGAAAUCCUGAACCCGACGUACGAGGGGAGCAGCCCCUCGAAAGUGAAGAAGCAAAGGCGCCAGCAGAUAUCGAUAUUCCAAGCGAACCUCAAGGAACCCAAGGCCAUACGGAAACAGAAACCCAAGUUGCUGAUCCGGCAAAAGAACAUGUCAAAGAAUGGAUUGAAUCACAGAGCGAAACUCAACCACAACAGCCUCCGCCUGAACCUUCAACUGGUGAUGCAAAAGGUGACGAUGCUGCAGGCGAUAUGCCCCGCGACGAUACUGAUGCCCCGAAUCCAGUACCUGACAUGACUGGUACAGCAGCCGAAAACGCUUCGACCACCACCUCAGCACCACCUCAAGGCACAGACGCCACCGAAGUUCAAGCUGAUGCUGGUACUGGACCUGGACCUGGAGUCGUGACAGGACCGGCUUUGAUAACUCCACGCAGGCGGGCUGCAUCAACCUCCACUGGCCCCUCGCCCUCCACUUCAGCCGCCGGUCAUGGCCCCGUCCCUCAUUUUGUCGCUCCGUCAUCCUACCUUCGACGCAGGACUUCAAUCCGGAGCCCAAUGGCGCCCACCGAGCCGAAACCUUUGAGUCCGCUGGACAAAGAUCAGUUGCAGGGUUUGAAUGCUAUUCGCGAUUUCCUCAAAGUUCGCACCAGCUACGAUGUUCUACCGCUAUCGUUCCGACUUAUUGUCCUCGACAACGAACUCCUGAUUAAAAAAGCCAUCAACAUCCUAACACAGAACUCAAUCGUAUCAGCACCUCUAUGGAAUUCCAAAACCUCCAGAUUCGCCGGCAUUCUUACGAGCACCGAUUUUAUCAAUGUGAUCCAGUACUAUUGCCAGUUUCCUGACGAGUUCCAUAAACUCGACUCAUUCAGACUCAGCAGUUUAAGAGACAUCGAGAAAGCGAUCGGCGCAAUACCCAUCGAGACGGUUUCGGUCCACCCUUCGAAGCCACUCUACGAGGCUUGCCGACGCAUGCUCAAGACCCGCGCGCGACGAAUCCCACUCGUAGAUGUCGAUAGCGAGACCAACAGGGAGAUGGUCGUUUCGGUCAUCACUCAAUACCGUAUCCUCAAGUUUAUCGCUGUUAACAACGAACAUAACACGGUGCUUCUGAAAAAGACCGUUCGGGACAUUGGUCUAGGUACAUACUCCGGUAUCGCUACGGCUAAGAUGAACAGUUCUGUCCUUGACGUCGUUCACCUCAUGGUUAAGCACAACAUCAGCUGUGUCCCGAUUAUCGAUUCGCAUGGUCGAGUGCUGAACGUGUUCGAAGCGGUCGAUGUCAUCCCCUGUAUCAAAGGAGGUGCUUACGAGGAUUUGGAUGGUUCUGUUGGGGAGGCGCUUUGCAAGAGAUCUGACGAGAGUCCUGGCAUUUACACUUGCAGCGAAGGCGAUCGCUUGGAUUCCAUCUUUGACACUGUCCGAAAGAGCAGAGUUCAUCGUCUGAUAGUGGUUGACGAUGACAAUAAGCUCAAGGGCAUCAUCUCCCUCUCAGACAUUCUCAAAUACGUUCUGUUUAGCGGCGAUCACAACAUUCUUAACGAUACCGAUGAAUUGGAUGAUCGGGUGGGCUUUGUCCAGGAAUACAACCGCUUGGCAAAGAAGAAUGGAGUGAGGAUAUUGGUGAUUGAUGACUUUGGCUUUCGAACCAAGGGACUCGACAGUCCUCGCAAGCAAGGAUGGAUUUAUCGUAUAUUGCGCUCCUCUUCCAACCAAAAUGGUACCGACACCACAACACCGCCAGUUCAGGGACCUCGUCACAAGCGCAGCGUAUCGGACCUCGCCCAUAAUUUAGUACACCGACGAGAAACCCCAAAGAUGAUCGAUCUCCAAUCCAUGAUACGAAUAAGCGGCAAGAGCAUGUUCUAUCUCCCCGCCGAACAUGCACCGUCUGCCCUUGUACUUCCAACUUGUUUACGAGCUACUGCACAUCACCUCGCUCAGCAUGUCACCACUCGAGGGAUAUUCCGUAUUCCGGGAUCCAUCAGGGUAGUCAAUACGCUCUUCGAUUAUUAUUGCUGCACAGAGCACGGCCAAGUCGACAUUACAAGUACUACAGUUCGGUGCGCAAACUUGCCGAUGCACGUUCAGGCUUCUGUGCAUGAUGUCGCUUCAACGUUCAAACGUCUCCUAUCGGUCAUUCCUGGUGGAAUACUUGGAUCUUUGUCUCUCUUCGACGCCUUUGUUGCUAUUCAUUCACAACUUCAAGGUCACCCUGAGUUUCCUCGUACCAAACAUACUAAGGUCCGGGCUCGGCUUAUUGCUUUAGCCAUCGGAACUGUCGAGUCGCAGUUCCGAAGAGAAUUAAUUUGCGCCGUAUUUGGGCUGCUUAGUCUUAUUGGAAGAGUGGCGGAAAUAUCACCAAGAGAAGACGCCGAUGGAAGGACGCUACCGACUGGUGAUUUGAUGGGCUACAACGCACUUGGUAUAGUAUUUGGACCUCUGCUCUUGGGUGACCUGCUUGGUUUAUACUCCAUGAAGCUAGCCACUCCAAAGACAGGGUUGCUGGUGCUCCCAUUGAGAUCUCCAAAGUCGCGACAGGAUCGACGUAUACGGAAGACACUUGAGAACGAGCUCCCGAGUCCUCCCACGAUGGACAAGAUUCUCGUCGCUAACACCAUCGCAGAGAUGCUCAUAGCCAAUUGGAGAGAUGUAGUCCGACAGAUGAAGUCUCUCGGUAUCAAUCGACAUGAGCCACGUCCAACCAGUCCGAGAAGUGAUGACCAGGAGAACAAUUUCGUCAUCAGGAAGCCAUUAGGUUGGGACCAAGAAUGGCGUGGCCGGGGAGAUGAGAACAACAGAGAGAUGAGCCCGGAACCACCUACGCCGACUCUGGGAAUGCCGAAACAACGUUCGGGGAAUCGAAGCUCAGCAUCCAGGAAGCUCGGGACAAGGCCCAGCAUAGGAUAUUUGAGCCCAACCGUGGAAGAAGCUCUGUCCCACGAGGAGGUCCUCCAAGCUACCCAAAGUCACAAGAGAGAUAGCGCUAUAAGUGGAAGGAGCGUCCAAACAACAGGAGACGAGGAAAUGCAACAGGGGCGCGACCGAUCAAGGUUUGAGACAGCACAACAAAACGAUUCGCCAGAUCACAUCGUUCCAACACCUACCCCUAUUAUAAGAACCAAGCGGGUCAUGUACCGUGACAGCCCACAGGUUUCUGAAGAAGAUGUUCCACCUCGUACAUCAUCCAAACGGUCAACCCCUUUACACCGGAUCAGCGUCGAAGAGAAGGGAAGUCAGGACAGGUCAAGGCUAUCAGCUACCAAUGAUCCCAAGUCAAUCGAGCGAAAGGGUGCGAUUAGAAAGAAACACACCGAAAAGGGAAAACUGCAAAAAACACCCCGGCAUUCUAUUGCGGUAGAGUGGCCGGAGUCUGCUACCAGAUCAGACAUCUCUACGGGUCAACGGAGUUCGCAAACGACACAGCUAGAAUUUCCCUCUGAGAAGGAAGCAUUAGACGCCGCACUGAAAGCACAUUUCGAUGAGCUCAGAGAGUUGGAUUCUGCAGAACAGAACAAACAUUCACCGCUCGAUGCCAAUGAUAAACAAAAGUUACAGAUGGCCACCAUUGGCCUGGAAUCUAGCAUUGCCCAUUACCCAAUGAGUGGGCCAGACAUCAACGAAUAUACAAUCAGUGGGAGCGAUAAGAAAGCCUCAGUUUAUGAUGCUUCAACAGCUAAUUCUGCUUCAACUACACCGAGACAAUUCUAUGCGCCGAUGCGGCAAGUCUCUUCUGGUGUUUCAGGAGGAUUGCCUGGAGCUGAGCAAGAGAACGAAGAUCAAGAUGGCAGAAGCCUGCAACAUCCAACACCUCGAACUUCUGCGCGGCGGUCUUCAAGUCGGGUUGUAUCCUUGCCAGCCGAAACGCCCAACACUGAAUCUUCACAUGGUGAAUCAACGCCUUGGUUCUCGAUACCUGGAAGAAACUCGAUGUCUUUAAAGCGGCCAAGUCUAUCGACAGAACACCGUCGAGGAGUGAAAGCCAUGGCUGCCAAAUUCGAGGGUGGUGAUACGGGCGAGGUGUCUCCGACCCUGCCACAAAGUCCCAGCAAAACUCAUGCUCUCAUUUCACAGUUCGAACAAGAGUCGCCACCUAAGACUGCACAAUCUACGAGAUCAGUUUCAACAGGACGACGCACACGACAAGACUCAUUACAAAGUCAGAAUGCAACAUCUCGCAAUCCAUCAGCAGCAAACAUUGGCGACCAAUUUAAUGAACAAGAUUUACGAGUUUCGAUCGGGGAAGCAGCAGCAAUGAAAGCAGUUGAGCUUCAAAAAGCAGACAGAGAACGAAAGCUUUCCAAGACCUAUCCCCAGCCAUUGACUCUACGACAAACUAUGCCGCGAAGGAAGCCAGUUCCGGAAAAGGAGGAAGAAGCAUCAUUGAAGGACCCUGGCAGUCUAGGAACAAUGAUGCCUAAUCCAGAGCAACCCCCUAUUGCUCAUCAUCUCAAUUUUAUGCGUCCAUCUUCUUCCACAUCCAAUACUCAGCAGGGAGAUAAUCUGACCAUCCCUCCUGGCGGCCCAACCCCUAUUCAGAGACCCGGAAGCACAACUACUCUCCAUACACAAAUUCGAAAUCUCCAGCGACAACUAGACCUCAAGACGGAGGAAGCAGUGCAGUUAAGGAGGCAACUGGAGGUACAAGAAGAUGCAGAUGUAGGCACAUUGAGUCAACAACUACGAGAAGCCAAGCGCGAGGCACAGAUGUGGAAAGAGAGAGCUGAAAGCGCAGAGCGGAGGAUCAAAGUGUUUGAACGAUUUACAGCACGACUCAAAGGGAUACAAACGGCGGGAGAUACUGCACAGGAUGUCCAAGACGCAACUGGCCCAGAUUGUCACGACUUGGAUAUGGAAAAGGGGCAAAACGAAGCGUGCCUGGAGAAUGUUGCUGGAUAUGAAAGCGACAGCUCAGAAGACGCUAGGAUUGUUUCAGCCAGAAUCCAGAAUUGUCUUGACGGCUUGACCGAUGGUCCUCAAGACACUUCCUCGCUCAGCAGUCAGACCCCGAACCCGAGUUUAAACGAGAUACCGGAACGAGUUAUUAGCCCGAGCGAGGAGGAGAUCUGGAUGGCGGCGCAGGACUUGCUAAAGCUCAAUCAAACCCUGGGGCAAAUUGAUAGAGGUGGAAGUGCGAGUUAG